AUGUCACAUCAAAAGUCAGGGCAUCAAAAACGGAAAGAAAAGAAGGAAAGAGAAGACAGAGAACGCCGAAGUCGACAGUAUGUCACACAGUUUUUCAAAAAGAAAGACACAGAUUCAGCGGCCGCUGCACACCCACGUCUUCCUUCCCCCGCGGCCCCCGUCCCCGUCUCAGCCAAACAAGAAACAAGAGAGAGACAGAGAGUUUUGCCAAGAAAGAGUGUGGAAGUUGAGGAAGCGGUGAGAAUAGUGGAAUAUGAGAGCACAGAGGGAGCCCUAAGUGUGAAGGAAGAUGAGAGAACAGAGGAAGCCAUGAGAGCAGACUCAGAGGAAGAUGAGAGAACAGAGGAAGCCAUGAGAGCAGACUCAGAGGAAGAUGAGAGAACAGAGGAAGCCAUGAGAGCAGACUCAGAGGAAGAUGAGAGAACAGAGGAAGCCAUGAGAGCAGACUCUGAGGAAGAUGAGAGAACAGAGGAAGCCAUGAGAGCAGACUCAGAGGAAGAUGAGAGAACAGAGGAAGCCACGAGAGCAGACUCAGAGGAAGAUGAGAGAACAGAGGAAGCCAUGAGAGCAGACUCAGAGGAAGAUGAGAGAACAGAGGAAGCCAUGAGAGCAGACUCAGAGGAAGAUGAGAGAACAGAGGAAGCCACGAGAGCAGACUCAGAGGAAGAUAAGAGAACAGAGGAAGCCAUGAGAGCAGACUCUGAGGAAGAUGAGAGAACAGAGGAAGCCAUGAGAGCAGACUCUGAGGAAGAUGAAGAAGAGACUGUUGUGUCAAAUGAUCCUGGUCAGGAUUCAGCCGCCAGAGGAAAAGAAAACGGUUUCACGAUGAGACAGAGGUAG